UUAGUUGAUCGGUAUCGUCGCAAAUCACACCGCUACUUUACAGCUGUUCAGGUCUGGGUUUUUGCAAAUUUAGAAUUUUUCACCAGAAUUUUGCUGCAAAUAGCACAAAGCAUAAACAUUUGUUUUAAAAGUGAGUGUUCGCUGGCAUUUGCCAUAUUUAAAAGCUGGACGUGACUAUAGCAGGCGCAUAGAGAAAGAAGUUUUAUAACGCACACACGCACAAACUGGCCAAGUGAAACGGCAUCAACAUGUCGGAGAAAAACAUAAAAGUGGGCGCCCGAGUCGAACUGACCGGCAAGGAGCUGUUCGGCACGAUCGCCUACGUUGGCAUGACCAGCUUUGCCGUUGGCAAGUGGGUGGGCGUGGUGUUGGAUGAGCCGAAGGGCAAGAAUAGCGGCUCCAUUAAGGGUCAACAAUAUUUUCAGUGCGACGAGAAUUGCGGCAUGUUUGUGAGGCCCACGCAGCUGCGUGUGAUAACACCGGCCCCCGAGACAAGCGGCAGCGGUGGCUCAGGCAAUGCCACACCCACACUACAACCCACAAAGGCACGGCUUAGCGGGUCACGCACCUCACUCUCAUCCAGUCGCCAAUCAUUGCUUGGUUCACGCACACAGCUAACCACCUCGUUGAGCGAGCGAACUGCAUCUAGCAGCAGCCUAGCUGCACGCAAAUCCUUGGCGCCGCCAAGCAGCAAGGAUAAGGAUGCCUCCAGCACGGGAUCAUUAACUGGGGAAGCCGGCGCAGCUGCAGCUGCAUCAGCAGCAGGAACCAAGCGUGCCUCAUUUGUGGAGACAGGCUUUUUGGAGAUACUGAAGCCACAGUUUACACCAUCGCAACCGAUGCGAUCGCCUUCGUUUACAGCGCCACCAAAUACGACAGAGGACAAAGUUGCCUUGUUGGAGGCGCAAAAGACGAGCGCUGAGCUGCAGACACAACUGGCGGAUGUUACAGAAAAAUUGGAGACGCUUAAGCAGCGUCGCAGCGAGGACAAAGAGCGUCUUCGUGAAUUCGAUAAGAUGAAAAUCCAAUUUGAGCAGCUGCAAGAAUUUCGCACCAAGAUCAUGGCAUCCCAGGCCUCGCUGCAAAAGGAGUUGCAACGCGCCAAGCAGGAGGCGAAGGAUGCCAUCGAGGCCAAGGAGAGGCAUGCACAGGAAAUGGCUGAGCUCUCCGACAAUGUGGAAAUGAUUACACUCGAUAAGGAAAUGGCCGAAGAAAAAGCCGACACGCUGCAACUGGAAUUGGAGUCAAGCAAGGAGCGCAUUGAGGAGCUCCAAGUGGAUUUGGAUCUGCUGCGUUCCGAAAUGCAAAACAAAGCCGAGUCCAAGAUAGCCACCGCCGACGGCGGCAUGUCCACCUACGAAUUUAAACAACUUGAACAGCAAAACAUACGCCUCAAGGAUACGCUGGUGCGUUUGCGUGAUCUAACUGCCCACGACAAGCACGACAUACAAAAGCUCACCAAGGAGCUGGAAAUGAAACGCUCCGAGGUCGCAGAACUGGAACGCACCAAGGAGAAGCUUAGCUCAAAGAUCGAUGAACUGGAGGCCACAGUCGCCGACUUGCAGGAACAAGUGGAUGCAGCACUGGGCGCUGAGGAGAUGGUGGAGCAGCUGGCCGAAAAGAAAAUGGAACUGGAGGACAAAGUGAAGCUGCUGGAGGAGGAAAUAGCACAGCUUGAGGCACUGGAGGAGGUGCACGAACAGCUGGUGGAGAGCAAUCACGAACUGGAGCUGGAUUUGCGCGAGGAACUGGAUCUAGCCAAUGCCGCCAAGAAGGAGGUGUUGCGCGAACGCGAUGCAGCUAUUGAGACCAUCUACGAUCGCGACCAGACCAUCACCAAGUUCCGCGAGCUCGUCCAGAAGCUGAACGAGCAGCUAAUUGAACUGCGCGAGCGCAGCUCGAGCAGCGACCAAAAGUCCUUGCAGGAUCCCAGCCUUAAACUGGCCACUGAGACCAUCGACUACAAGCAAAUGUUUGCCGAGUCCAAGGCCUACACGCGCGCCAUUGAUGUGCAGCUGCGCCAGAUUGAGCUGAGCCAGGCCAACGAACAUGUCCAGAUGCUAACUGCCUUUAUGCCCGAAUCGUUUAUGAAUCGUGGCGGCGACCAUGACUCCAUACUGGUCAUACUGCUUAUAUCGCGCAUUGUCUUUAAGUGUGGCAUUGUGGUGUCUCAGACGCGCGAACGUUUCCCAGCCGUGGAGGCGGUUACACGCGAGGCAGUCACCCAGGGUCAUGCGGUGCAGCAAUACACCUUUAAGUGCCGCCUGAUGCACUACAUCCAUAAUCUGCAGUGUGCGCUGCAUCAAAUCCUGUACGGCUUGAAUAGCUGCCAGCCGGAUACGCUGCUACGCGCGGGCAGCUCAUUGCCGGAAAUGGUGGCCCAGGAGAAAAUAGUCGAUGGCAUUAUUGAGCUGCUCAAGUCAAAUCAGCUGGACGAGAACAGCACCACGGACAACAUUGAGAAGUGUGUGGCCUUUUUCAAUGCCAUGAACUCGGUACUGUUGGCGGGCGAGCAGCUCCUGAACGAGACGCAAAUGAUACGCGAUUGCGUCGCCUCGCUGGGCGCUGCCUGUGAGUCCAUACUGAACGAUACUGCCAUUGCCAAGGUGAUUAUCCAGGAGGCGGGCGCCACCAGCGAUUCGAUGCUGCUCAUACAGUUCCUCAACGAGCAUAUGGAGAGCAUUAAGCAGCAGGUGAAGCUGAUCAAGCGGCGCCUACCCAACGAUCAGCAUGUGAUCAAGUGUGGUCUGUCGCCGCACAAAAUGGAUGCCAUGCGCGCCCUGGCCCAGAAUAUCAGUCGUAUCAUGUCCGCCAUGCAUUUGGCCACCAAGCAGGCGUUGGCUGCCAUUGUGGCCAACAUUGAGAGCGACAAUGCAGCGGAGCACACGCUGCCUCAGGACAAGUACUGGUCCCUGCUGUCGUCCGCCUGUGAGCGCAUCUAUGAGCAGGAUGAUCGCGGUCCGACGCAAAACUUUAAGGCGCUGCUGGGUCAGGCCAACACGGAUCUGCAGCACAUUGCCCAACAUCUGCUGGACAAAGAGUAUGAGAUUAUGUCCACCGCUGGCGCAGCUCCGCGUGCCCAGACGCUCAAUGCGCCCAUCAAUCAGCGGGCGCAGCUGAUCAAGAAGCAGUUGGAGCAAAAGAAUGUGCUGGCUGCCACGUUGGAGAAUCGCGAGGCGGACAUCAAACAGCUCAAGUUGGCGGCCAAGAUGAAGCUGAACGAGCUGAGCGAAAUGCAAAUUCGCAAAGAUCUCGCCGAGAAGAAGCUGAGCGUGCUGCAGGACGAAUACGAGCAUGCUGUGGGCAAAUGGAAGCUACAGUACGAGGAGACGCACAAGAAGCUGCUGCAAAAGGAGAAGGAAUUCGAGGAGACCAUGGAUCAUUUGCAGAGCGACAUCGAUGCGCUCGAGAGCGAGAAGAGCGAUCUGCGCGACAAGCUGAAGCUAAACACCAGCGCCGGCAAGAGUCAGGCAUCCGAUUCUCACUCCUCCCUGCACAAUCUGUCCGCCACGGGCACGAGCAGUGCCAAUGUCAGCUAUACGGCACCCGCCGGCACUGCCCCAAUGGUGGCUGAGGAGCUACAGCUGCUGAAGUGUGCCUUCAACAAUGAGCGCAACGAGCGAAUGCGCCUGCAGGCACAGGAUAUGCGUGCCAAGCUGCAACAAAUGGAGCCGAUCUAUGUGCCACAGCCGCAGGAUCAGCGGAUCUGCGCACUCGAGUCGCAGCUGACCAAAAUGAAACAUGCCUGGGUGCUGUCCCUGUUGCAGGUGCAGGCCAAAGGCAGCGGCGGCACAUCCAUGCCCAAUCUCAAUACUGUGGCACUGCAGCGUCGCAAUCAGCCGUUGCCGCAAAAGGCAGAGAUAUGCACGCGUGCCUCGCGACUCGCCUCGGACAUAUUGACGGAGUAUCUGCAGCGGAAGCCGCAUCGUGCCGCAACUGGAGAAUUUGCCGCAUUUCCCACUGUUGAUGUGAAGCGUGUGCUACAGAUUUAAGUGGGUGCGACUAGUGGGCGGGGCAAUAUAGCUAGGCUAGGUUUCUAAUUGUAUGGUUAGCACAAAGGUUUUGCACAGCGAGAUUGCCAAGUAAUGGAGCUGAGCAUGAACUUCAUGCAAGAGCUCAACUCUUGUCCGAAAGUUCACGAACCAGUUCCGCUGGGUCUUCACGUUGUCUGGCAAACCGUUUCUGGAAUAAUACACACACACACGCUUACGCCGAAACAGUUUUUUAACGUAUUCUUGAGCUAGCACUAACAUCCACUAAUUUUCCGUGUAUCCUUCCCCCAGUAUCUGCCUUAUAUGGUGGCCGCUGCAUUGUUGCUGAUAAUUGUAUUUGUAUUUUGGCUGCGUUUUCCCAACGAUGUUCGAUUU